AUGCCAAAAGUUAUGAAGACCUUGGAGUUGGUGGAGGAGUACCUGAGACGGUAUGGUCAAUUAGAGGUGUUUAGACGUUCAAGGGGAGAAGUAACGAAGGAACCAAGGACCGACACCGACACCGCGUCCAAAGUCGACACGGCCACUGUUAAGGAGAAGCGAAGAAGGAAAUUGAAGAUUCCUUUGAUGAAGAUCAAGUCGGAAGAUGUCGUUGUUACUGAGAGUGCCAUUAAAGUGCCGUUGUCGGUGAAAAGGUUGUUGUAA